UCCACUCUCUCUCACUUACUCACACACACACACACACUCAUAAACACUCACACAUGCAUGCCUCUUUCGCAGUUGGCUGUCAAGGUGACUUUCUCUCUCUCUCUCUUUCUCUCUAUCUCUCUCUCUCUCUCCCCCUCUCUGUUGUGAAGCUUGAAGUUGCAAACUGCAAAGGAGAAAAGUUCUCUUGCUCUUCAUAAAGACGUGUACAGACGAGCAUCCAGAAGAAAUUCCACUAUCACAUCGAGAAAACUUACCCUUUCAUUUCUAAAUGAGAUCCAGCCAACUUGCAAAGAUCACACGGGAAAGGACAAUGCUACAAAUGGAUAUUUGCGUUCUUUUGUUGAUGACCAUCAUUGACUAUGUUUCCAGUGGCGGUUAUUCUUCAAAGUACAUGCACCCAAUGACCAAGGGCCCACUGGGACCUCCCUUCAGAGAAGGCAAGGGGCAGUAUAUAGAAAUUCCAGUGAUUCUUCCUUCGGAUCUCAAGGGUGAUAGAGGUGCUCCUGGAAAACCUGGACUGAGAGGACCUCCUGGGCCGCCGGGAAUGCCAGGCAAACCAGGAUAUGGCAAACCGGGUCGACCAGGCCCAACUGGCCCUCCAGGGGCCCCAGGAUUUUCGAGCUUUGGAAAACCAGGAAUGCCAGGAAUACCUGGUAAGCCAGGAAUAAAAGGACUUCCUGGACCUAAGGGCGACGUAGGACCCAGAGGAGAUCUAGGUCCACGAGGUCCAGCUGGGAUUCCAGGGUUACCUGGGCCUGUGGGGCUUUCUGUAACUGGGAAGCAAGGGCCCCCGGGGAUUCCUGGAGCUCCAGGGCCUAGAGCAGAACCUGGUGAGAAAGGAGAACCUGGACUUCCUGGGGAACGUGGCCCCAAAGGUGAGGUUGGAUAUGGAAAACCGGGUAUUCCAGGUUCAAGAGGUAAGGAAGGGAUUCCAGGAAAAUCUGGACCCCCAGGUCUACCUGGUAUUGGAAAACCAGGAAUUAAUGGCCUACCAGGUGUACCUGGUGAAAAAGGUGAAUUAGGACAAAGGGGAGAAAUUGGCCCAGCAGGUCCUCCUGGUCCUCAGGGUCCUGCAGGGAAGCCAGGAUUGGAUGGCAUAGGAAAACCAGGUCGAGAUGGACUAAUAGGUAAGCCAGGAGCUGCAGGUCAUAAAGGUGAGCCUGGCCCACCAGGUGUGAGGGGUUUUCCUGGAGUUCCAGGGUAUGCAAAACCAGGAAUGAACGGAAUAAAAGGCCAGCGAGGGCCUCCUGGUGCACCAGGUGCUCCAGGACCCAGGGGUGAACCAGGUGUACACGGUUUCCGUGGUGAACCAGGUCCUAAGGGUGAAAAAGGUUAUCCAGGGCCAAUGGGAUCCAAGGGUUUAAUGGGAAAGCAUGGUCUACCAGGACCUGAAGGAAAAAUUGGGCUUACUGGGCCUCCAGGGCCAAAAGGAAGACAAGGAGAUCAGGGAUAUAGUGGUGUACCUGGAGAACCUGGUAUACCUGGGGAAAGGGGUUUACAAGGACUUCCUGGAGCACCAGGUAAAAUUGGUCCAAAAGGAGACGGUGGACAUACAGGGGCUCCUGGGAUACCAGGAUUAGCAGGUCCUGUAGGACCCAAAGGUGAACCAGGGCAAGGUGGACAACCAGGACACAGAGGUUCUUCAGGAAUUCCAGGUAUGCAGGGGCCUACAGGACCUAGAGGACCAAUGGGUUUACCCGGUCCCAGAGGAGAAUCAGGGCCUCCAGGCUUACCGGGAGAAGGAAAAUUAGGAUUACCAGGAACUGCAGGACCAAUGGGCCCAACGGGACACCCUGGCAUUCCAGGUAGGAUGGGAGCUCAAGGCCCGCCUGGACCUCCAGGUCCACCGGGCCCACCCGGGAUCAUCGUUAAUGGGGAUACAACAGGUAUUGCUAGCCUGCAAGUAAAUGGUGGUGUGGAUGGUGCCUCAAUACCAGGAAACGGAAAGCCAAAGUAUGAAAGAGGAGAAAUUUCUGCACGCGUAGCUCCAGCUUUCACUGCAAUCCUUACAAAGUCAUUUCCACCAUCAGGGGUUCCCAUUAAGUUUGAUAGGAUUUUGUAUAAUGGACAAUAUGGUUAUAAUCCAGCAACUGGGCUAUUCACGUGUCAAGUUCCUGGUGUCUACUACUUUGCUUAUCACGUGCAUGUAAAGGGAACCAAUAUCUGGGUGGCACUGUACAAGAAUAAUGUGCCUGCAACGUACACGUAUGAUGAAUAUAAGAAAGGAUACCUUGAUCAAGCAUCAGGAAGUGCGGUUCUGGAACUGAGACAGCAUGAUCAGGUGUGGGUCCAGAUGCCUUCAGACCAAGCUAAUGGUUUAUAUUCCACAGAUUACAUCCAUUCCUCAUUCUCAGGAUUCCUACUUUGCCCGACAUAACGAUGAUCAACUUGAAUUAGCGGAUUUAUAUAUUGUGUAGUAAUUAACUGUAUCAAGAGGGACACUGGAAAAAAAAAACACACACACACAAGUGCUAUAUGUUGCUACCAUUUUCCAGUAUAAAAGAAAAGCCUCUGGAUGAUAACCGGCAUAGUAUAACAACCACAAACAUCAGACGUUUUCCCUAAUGACUGCACAUUUUCAGCUUAUGCUAUAAGGGAUUAAAUGUGGAACUUUUUUUUUAAUGAUCAGUUAGAGGCAAAGGUUUUGUCAAUGAAAGUUGAUAUGAUGUACGUGACACUUGUAUUCCCUGUGCUACUUUUGAGUAAUGUUCUGCGUAAGGAUGCGUUUCUUGUUCUUUUUUCACAUUUAUACCAUUGACAGAAACAAUCUAUCAAUAUUACACAGUUGUAUACUAAUUAUUAUAAUCGUAUCUUUUAAGUGCAAUACAUGAUUAGUGGUGUUCAUUGUGAAUUCUGACAACUGUGUACACUGUAUACUUACUGAGAAUUAAAACUUUUGAGGAAUGGUAUAAUCGCCACUGCAACUUGCUUGAAUUUUAAAUUUCAAUUUAAUUUGUAGUAAUGUUAUGCUGACUAGAAGAAGGCUGAAGGACAAAUGAUGUAGGUGCAAGUAAAUGUCUCUUUUGUACUGGUUAGGUGUUAUGUAUCUUGAAUUAUCUUAGUACCUUGAGAUGUUCACAAACGUUAAUUUAGUUGGAUUAAAGGGUAGGAUACAUUGAACUGUACAGAGACUAUUUUGUGCUCAAGUCCCAGGAAUGGGAUUUGAAUCAAAAUUUUCUGACUCAGAGAGUGCUGUUCAUUGGCUAAUGCCCAAAUCAGAAUGUGGUGUACCCCAACAUUUCACCCAACUGAUGAGACAAAACAGGAAUUCAUCCAUUAUCUGUCAUUCCCCCUAAUGAGAUACUAAAUUAUCCCAGCUGAUGUGAUCUCAGAAUAGUCACAUGCAAUGAAUGACCUCCUUCUAGAUCAUAAAUUGUUAUGAUUUUAACAUAGUGAAGACAUCUCUGGGCCAGAUGUAGUGUAGUUACUCGGUAAUUUAAUUCAGUUUGCUGGCAGCUAGAGUGCUGCACGUACAUAUGCCACUAUUUUUCAAAACUAGCAAAGACUGUGAAAUGUUUAGUCUUUUAAAGCACAUCACACAACAGCCUUGAUGAGAACCCAUAGUUAAAUCAUUCCAGAGCCCAGAGGGAAUAGCACUUGGAGCAAAGGACCACUGGAUUGCGUUUAUAGUGGAUCCUUCAAUGGUUUAUACAUUGCUGAGAUUCACUAUGUCAAAUUAUUCCCAUUGUGGAUAAUGCUUCAUAAAAGCAAUACAUUACAUAUGCUGUUUCAGAUUAUGUUGCAGUGUCUGUGCUUCUGAGCUAAGGCAUGUACACAACAGUAGGUGCUAUAUUUUCAAAAAGGGCAUAUGUGCAGAUUGACUAUUAUAAACCUCUAGGCAGUGUUUCUUUUCUGAUCAUAAGAGGCCAAAUUAUUUUUGUUGCUCGAGAUACUUAUUGGUAAAUUCUCUGCAAGUAAAACUUAGUUAAUAAAAAAAAUUGCAAUAUAAUUUACUUGCACUGGUUCAUUUGUAAAUGCCUUGUCUCUGAUAUUUCUCCCCCCUGCCUCUUCUUUAUCUGGCCUACUAAUACUUCUAUUGACACAGCAAACCAAUGUUGCAAGCUGUAAUUCAAACCUUUAAUGUACACAUCCAAUUCGAUUUGAAAAGUUAAUACAGAUAUGUUUAAUAUUCUAAUGAGGUAAAUGGAAGGUAUGCAUUCUACUGAUACAAUCAACUAAUAAAGAAAUUCAGAAUGGACAGCAAAAAUGUUGUGGCUGAUGAAAGUGAUGAAAUAUGUUUAACAAGUAAUUUGACUACUUAUGAGUCAAUAAUGAUCAUUAAAACUGUUUUAUGAUCUCCCAGUUCUUUCCAUGCAUUCUGACUGAAUUAUAAUAGUUACCCUGCUCAUAAAAUAGUUAAAAGUAAACCAAUUCAAACUACUUUUUAACUUUUUAGUUGAAAAAUUGUAUUUACAGAAUCAAACUGAUAUGCAAAGCAAUUUGGCUCAUGAUGAAAUGACACCAGUAAGAAUUCUGUUUACAGGAUCCUGCAAUUUUUGUGCAAUUACGCAUAUUUAUUAGCAUAUUACCCUUUUAUGUAACAGAAUUAAAAUCAACUGAACUGAAAAAUGCACAGCAGAGAGUGGGUUUGAAGGAAUGAGUUGAUAAUUGUCUCAGUUUAUUAGGAUAGAAAUUUCAGAGCAAAAGUCAUAAAAAAUGUUCAAAACAUGGAGAUUAUAAUAUGAAUUGAUAAUUUCUCUCAGAUUUCAAUUAUAAGCACUGGGCUGUAACAUAAUUUAUUUUGUAACAAAAUUAACAUCACCAAAUGAAGCUAUCUUUUACCAGAAAAUGUAAUAACGAUAGCUGUUGCAAUAAACCACAAUGUGAAACUAUGUAAUAUCAUAAUGUGCAAAGGAUAUUAUAUGAAAUGUCCAUUGUUCGAAACAAAGGCUUAAAUCAAUUGCUUGGAGAGAUUAACAGGCAUGGAUUUGUUAACAUUACCAUAUGAAUUUUCUGAUGUAGCAUCAGUGGACCGCAAACUGAUACUUUCAUUCUCUGUACUAACGUCAACAGAAUUGUCAUCUAAAAUUCACUUAUACAUUACACAUUAUUAAUCUAUUGUUAUAUCCAAUGUCAGCCAGCAUAACAAUUCCAGCAUGAAGGGAUUGCAUUUCAAUAUUUCACACUAUGCAACUUUAGAUUACAGUAUAAGUAUUUUUAAUAAGCUGUUGUUUUCACAUCAACUGCUUUUUGAUAAAUCACAUUUUGAGUCUGGGUGAUUAUGUUAAUGAAUUAUUACUCAUGAAGAAAGAGACUAAUUCUCCCUCUUUUUGUUAAGAGGAGAUCUUCACCUUCUGUAGUCAUCUUUUUCUGAUGUAGAAGGAUAAGUUUUCUUUUGUAAAUACUUAACCUGCACUGUAAUAGCAACUGGUAAAAUGCACUCUUAUCGGAAUUGAAAGCCAGACUCUUCUUUGAAAACUAAACUACUUGAUUGUAUUGAUAGAACAUCAAUAAAGGGUUU